UAAUGAUAUCUAUGGACAACACAAAUUACAUGCAUGCAUGCAUGUGUUUUAUUUUGCCUGAUUUUUCAAUACAGUAAACAUCAGACGAUAUGAAAGAAUCUGUAGAAAAUGCUGUGCUAGAUAAAUUUCAUCGUUCUCAAGAAUUAUCUUCAAUUCUGAAUAACAAUAAUAAAGAACAAUCGGAUCAACAUGUACAACAACAAGCUGUAGAAGUAUUAGACGAAUUCGAUGGAAUACAAAAACAACGACAGAAAAGUUUGAAAAAAUCCAAGAAACAAUUCAAAAAACAACAACAACAGCAGCAAAAGGAACAUGAAGAGCAAGUUUCCGAAUCGACGAAUAAGGAACGAAAAUCAGACAAAGCACUUGCCUAUCUAAAACAAUGGAAAAAACAUCAUGAUGAUUGGAAAUUUAAGAAAAUCCUACAUGUUUGGUUAAUGAAAAAUUGGAAAAAUGUGGAUAAAUUUCCAGAUAAACGAUUUAAAAUUUUUCUUAAAUAUCUUCAUGCACAAAAUAGCCAAAGUCAGGCUUUAUCAAGACUCAAACAAGAAGCACAACUAAUGAUUGAUGAUACAUCCAUUGAAGAAUCGAUUCGUGAACGUUCACGAUCCAUAUUGCAAUGGUUGACAUAAGUUCAUGUUGUGGUGGUGAUGGACCAUCUUGGUUCAUUGAUUCAUAUUUUUCUUUCACUCUUGUAAUCAUCUAUUUCAUUUGU